CUGGGAGAGCAGCCCUUGACCCUCAGAGACGGGGACGAGGUGGCCGUUAUACCGCCCCUUAGUGGAGGCUAAAGAAAUUAUCAAGGUAUGGCUGCAGAUGGGGGUCAGGAUCUAAUUACACUCACUACUGACAAGCUUUCUGCUGAUAGUGUUUCUCAAUCUGUUACGUGUCCCUCCUGUGGUGCUGUAUCUCUGUUUAUUGGAACCACCAGAGAUAAUUUUGAGGGGAAGAAAGUGAUCCGGCUUGAAUAUGAAGCGUACAGUCCAAUGGCAGAGUCAGAGCUCAGGAAGAUCUGCCGUGAGAUCCGGACAAAGUGGCCCAGCAUCAGACACAUUAACAUACAGCAUAGACUUGGUGUGGUUCCUAUAACAGAAGCAAGUGUUAUAAUAGGGAUCUCGUCACCGCACAGAAGUGAUUCCCUGGAGGCGGUGAAGUACUGCAUCAACACACUCAAAGCUACUGUGCCAAUCUGGAAAAAGGAAAUAUACGAGUCUGGGGAGCCGUGCUGGAAAGAGAACAAGGAGUGUUUGUGGGCGGAUACUGGGAAAGAUCCCAACCAAAGUUGAACUGUUAACUAGC